AUGUCGACCUCCCCAUGCGACAUGUUGAUCCUCCUGGGCCAGUUGAACGAGCGGAAUGUCGGCCCUAUUGACACCUCGUUCCUCCUGGUUGGUUCGAUCUCCCGGCGAGGGAGUUUUUGUCGACAAGGUGUUGUUAGCCGCUUGGCUCAAGACGGCAGCAAGAAGACGUCGCGAACGAAGUCUUCGAGCUGCUGGGUCAAUGCGCUUCCGCAACCAUACAACAACCUUAUAUAUGCCCCCGAUGACUGCGCUGGCUCCGCCGAGUAUCCCGAAGAUAGUCCCGACGAGCCAGAGUGUUCUGGGGAAUACAAAGGAGAAGAAGAACCAAACGGUGCGAAAGAACGGGGCCUACCCAGAGUAAACAUUGGUUACAGGAAGGAGCAAGAUGCAUCUACGGUACACGGGGUUGCCAUUGGAAACUAG